UGCUGUUUUUCCUCUCUCUUUUUUCUUAACCAAAAAAUCGCCUAAUAUAAAUGGAAUCUAUUAUAUCUCUCUCCCCUGUACGGUUCGGUCCCACCACCGUAAAAGGCUUCUACGCUACGCUAUUCUGUUGCGACGCCACGCGCACGCCCACGCCCUAGGUAGUGUAGUCCUCUAGUCGAACAGGUGGUGGGCAUGGACCUCUCGCCGUCGCCGUCGUUCGCCAAGGCAGUGGACACCUACAGGAGGGCGGUGGCCACGGCGGCCACGGUGACCGCGUACGCCGUGCUGGCGCGCGGCAUGGCGAGGGAGCUCGUGCCGCACGACCUGCGCGCGGCGGUGAGCUGGGCCGCCACGCUCGUCCGCGCCCGCCUCGGCCCCCGCCCGGCGGAGCGGCGCACCGUCAUCAUCCGCCGCGUCGACGAAGACGGACGCCACGACGGCUGCUUCGCCGACGCCCACGCUUACCUCGCCACCAGGAUCGAUCCCCGGGCCUUGAGCCGGUUCCGCCUCAGCGGCGGCGUCGGGGACGGGCGCGGCCGACGGAAUGCCCUGUCCAUGGUGCCCGGCGACUCGAUGACCGACGUCUUCGAGGGCGUGGAGUUCAGGUGGACUUCCGUCGUCGCAGAAGGCGGGGGCAGGUUCAGCGAGUCGUCGCUGGAGCUCAGCUUCGACGCGGAGCACACGGACAUGGCGCUGGGCAGGUACGUGCCCUUCAUCACGGAGGAGGUGGAGCAGGCGCGGCGGCGGGACCGGGACCUCAAGAUCUUCAUGAACGAGCGCUCUUCGUAGCGCGGCAUCGUCCACCACCACCCGGCCACGUUCGACACCCUCGCCAUGGACCCGGAGCUCAAGCAAUCCAUCGUCGCCGACCUCGACCGCUUCCUGAAGCGGAAGGAGUACUACCGCCGCAUCGGCAAGGCGUGGAAGCGCGGGUACCUCCUCCACGGCCCGCCCGGCACCGGCAAGUCCAGCCUCGUCGCCGCCAUGGCCAACCAACUCCGCUUCAACCUCUACGACCUCGACCUCUCCGAGGUGCACAGCAACUCGGCUCUGCAGAGGCUGCUCAUUGGCAUGCCCAACCGCACCAUCCUCGUCAUCGAGAACAUCGAUUGCUGCUUCAGCGCGAGGUCGAGGGAGGAUGGCAAAGAUCGCAAGACGCCACCGGCGGUCUGCUACGGCGACGGUGGCGGCGACUACGACGAGGACGAGUACUACGAGGAGGAUGAGGGCAACUGGAGAGACGAUUUUUCAGAGAAGCAGAGCCUGACAUUGUCCGGGCUGCUCAACUUCAUCGACGGGCUGUGGUCGACGAGCGGCGAGGAGCGCGUCAUCGUGUUCACCACCAACUACAAGGAUCGCCUCGACGCGGCGCUGCUCCGGCCGGGGAGGAUGGACAUGCACAUCUACAUGGGCUACUGCGGCGGGGACGCGUUCAAGACGCUCGCACACAACUACUUCCUCGUCGGCGACCACCCGCUGUUCCCGGAGAUACGGGAGCUGCUCGCCGGCGUGGAGGCGACGCCGGCCGAGGUGUCGGAGAUGCUGCUGCGCAGCGAGGACGCCGACGCCGCGCUCGCGGGCCUCGUCGAGUUCCUCGAGGAGAAGAAGAAGCUAGCAAGUAGCGUCGACGCAUCAAGAACAUCAGGUUUGAAGUAGGAGCAGGCCAUUUUGUGUUCUCGAAGUCUAAUCCUUGAGAUGAUUCCGUUCUUGUUCCUAAUUU